UACCUCCAUCACCACUCAGCACCACCCGCCUCCUCCUCCUCUCCCUCUUCCUCUCUGUGAUGUUGCUGAAGAUGAUGUGAGGCUGUGGAGGACCAAUCACUGGGGUAGAGGGGUGUGGCCAGAGUAGGAGCUCAGAGCUGAUCGAUGCUCAGAGGACUGAGGAGGAAGAGAUGACAGGGAGGUAGAGGAGGGUGGGGGAGGCCUUGUCCGAGCCGAGGAGCGUCCGACGGUGGAUUAAUAAAGGAGGAGGAGGAGGAGGGAGGAAGCUGUCGCUAACAGAGGAGGAACCACCUGUGCUGUCAUGGACAAAUACCGACCAAAGAGACCAACCAGCCUGAAUCUGUUCCCUCAGCUUCCACAAGCCGGCAGCCAGGACUCCAUCAACAACAACUCUUUGGGUAAAAAGGACAGCUGGAAGGACUCCCAUUCCUCCUCCCCACACAUCACCGGAGACCCAGCUCCUCAGGAUGCCCAGCCCAAAGCAGAGGACAAAGUCCGGCCUGCAGCUCAGCGCCGGCCGGCACCAAAACCGCCCACAGCCAGCGGGUCUAACGCCAGAACCAAUGGUCAGACUGCUGCCUCAGCUGCAGACGCACGGGUUCGACCACGAGAAAGGCAGCCGCCUGCAGCCACGCAGCCCUGCAGCACGCCCAGGAGUCAGAGGAGAGCCGGAGGGGGAGGAGGAGGUGGGAGAGGGGGCGGUGGAGGAGGUGGGAGAGGAGGCGGGCGAGGAGCGAUGAGGGAGAAGAAUCAGGGAGAGCUGAGAGGUACCGGGACGGAUCGGAGAGGUGGACGGCUGUGUGAGGACAAGGCCAAGGACAAAGACAAGAACGGACAUCAGAGGCAGAGGGACGGAAACGGGCCGAGAGGCCGGGCGGCUGAGGGGAGAGGAAGAGGAGGGACGAAGGUGAGCAGCAGAGGAGGAGUGGGCAUCAAAUCCAACAACAAGCUGACCAAUCAGGAGGUCUACCUGCCUGCCAUGGUGGUCCCACGCACACCUAUAACAGCCAGAAGCCAGGAGAAGAGCCAGAACCAAGGUCAAAACCAUGAUAGAACCCAGGAGAACCCUCCUGCUGCUCUGUCCCGGUCCAGCAGCGAGGGGGGGUCCAACAGGAUGUCCCUGAGCUCAGAUACAGAGGGGCCCCCUCCGGGGCCUCUGCAGCCACCUCUUUCCUGCAGAACCAACCCAGACAUCCGUGAAGAGGACGGAGAAGGAGAACCGACCCCCUGUGCUUCCGUCCAGAAACACCCCAGCUCCUCCAUGGCGGGCAGAGACAAACCAGAGGCGGGCCCAGGGGGGGACACAGUGGGUGUGGAGAUGGACCGGAACCAGGCAAAGAGUGAGGCAGCAGCCGGGCUCAAUUAUGACUCGGUGAAAUACACCCUGGUGGUGGACGAGCACGCUCAGCUGGAGCUGGGGAAGCUGAAGGACUGCCUGCAUGGUCACUCUGAGCACAACGAGGACAGCGACACAGAGACCGUCUACCAGUCGGCCAAUGAGGAGGAAGACCCCGAGUAUGAGGAGGAGAGGAGGAAGAGCGAGGAAGCACGGAAAUUAGAGAGAAGGAAAGAGGAGGAGAAACAAAGGAAAGAGGAGGAGAAGAGAAGAAAAGAAGAAGAAGAGGCCAAGAGAAGGAAGGAGGAGGAUUUAAAGAGGAGGAGGGACGAGGAGGUGAAGAGAAGGAGGGAAGUCGUAGCCGUUGCCAGGGUCUGCAAACAGUCCAAAGUCUCGUCGGCCACGACUUCAGAAGAAGAGGAGUCUAAUGGAGGAAGAGGUCCGAGAAGCAGGAAGUUCCUCAACCUGUUUUCCGCCAGCAGCAGCAGCCCGUACUGCUCCACAGCCCGGAAUGACGGCUGGACGGAGCCAUUCGUGGUCCGGUUUCUGGGCUCGGUCCAGGUUCCCUUCCACAUGGGAAAUGAUGUCCUGUGUUCAGCAAUGCAGAAGGUAGCGUGCAACAGACGGUCAGCGGGUCAGCCGCCGUCAGCCUGCGUGCUGGAGGUCAGCGUGAAGGGCGUGAAGAUGAUCGUUCAGGACCAGUGCCACUCUGCUCACCGGGGAGACCAGUGUUUCCAUUUCUUCCAGUUGAAGAACAUCUCAUUCUGUGGCUGCCAUCCCAAACACAGCAGGUACUUUGGAUUCAUCACCAAACAUCCUGACCAGCAGCGCUUCGCCUGCCAUGUCCUGAUGUCAGACACCUCCCUACAUCCUCUGGCAGAGUCGGUCCGGAGGGCGUUCCAGCAGUACUACAAGGAGCACAUCGGAUAUUCCUGUCCCACCGAGGACAUCUUUAUUGAAUGAACCCUCCUCUUCCUCCUCUGGCUCCUCCACAAAACUGAAGACUCACUCUGUGCAUGUAAGCCUGGUCUUACACCCGGACAGCAUAUCCUCCCUGCAUGGUGGGUUUUUACUGAGUUUGCUGCAUCAAAAGAGACGGCCAGGUCCAUCUUUAAUUGCCCGGGUGACCAGGAGAAUCCCUCUAUGAUGGACACAACCAAAACAACUUAACACACCGAAAUGUCCCCAACAGUCACUUUAUAGUCAUGCAUUUAUUAACAGAAAAUAUUUACAUGUACCCAUAAUUAGAUAUUGUAUUCAAUGAGCGUUGACAUCCAACAUUUAGAGAUGAUGGGAACCACAGAUGAUCACUUUAACAGAGAGACACAACCUCUAGGAAGAGGCUAAAAGUGCUCAACUCACAGAAGACCGCAGCUGAGAUACCAACAAAGACCACUAGAUGGCAUUAAAACAACUGCAAACAUCGGUUACACUGGGGAGAAGAAGACGAGGUGUCCAGACAGAAUCACAAAUAAACAGAAAAAAUACCAAAGGCCCAAAUAAAGCUGGUGUAGUUUGAAGGCCCUCAAUGAUCCAAAGGCAGCGACAACAAUUGUUUUACGCUUUAACUCUAUUAAAUCACAGAGAAACAAUCUUUCUUUUUAUAGUGGCUUUUAUUCAGCCACACUGAAAGGUUCCCCCUGUGGAAGGCAUCCAGACUUUGACUAGGCCACUCCCUUUAUUUUGUUUCUUUCAAUUAUUCAUACAUCUCCUCCAAUGUAACUAAGGUUUUAUGGACUGAUGGUCAGAAUCUGCUGGUAAGGAGCAGAAGUUAUGUUUCUGUCACUUACAGCAGGUCAUUCUUGUGAUCUGAGACGCAUUCCUGCGGCGCAGAGUACCGUCGCUCCCGUCUUUGGGUCAUUCAGAUGUUUCUUGGCAGAUGUUAGACAGAUGUUCAUGCUGAUUUUGGCUCUGGACAAGCUGGUUUAGCCUGUUUUGGGCUCUUGAUGAGUUGAAGUCCUCUUGGAGUAGUUUUAGUAGGGCGGCCCCUUGGGGAAGGGUUCGCCUCUGGUCCUUGUUGCACCUCACUGAGGUUCAAUGAACUCCUGAAGCGUUAAAUAGCGCUUUGCAGCACUUUCCAGGCUGAUGGACGCCAGUGACUCUGUUUCUCAUCUGUCUGGAGGUUCUUUACAUCUGCACUGGAAAAACUAUCUAAAAAUGAGCAAAAAUGUCUUUAAUUAAGUGAAUUUACUCUUAAUUUGAGUAGAUAAAUGAGAUGAUUUGCCAAUGGAAUGAGUAUUUUUACUCUUAA